GAGUGGAAAAGAUUGAGAUUUUGAAGAGCGAAGAAAAGAAGAUUGAAGAGAAACUCUGGUUUUUCCGUUGGUGAUCAAUCCUAUAAUGCUAAGAUUCCGGCCGAUAGCUCCAAAACCGGCGGCCGGAGAGUCAGGUUCCGGUGGGGUUCAGUUUGAUAACAAGAACUUGUUGCUUUUACAGCCCAGAUCUAAAAGAAAGUACGUUAGGUUUCGAAAGAAUAAUUUCAAGAGAAAGAAAAGAUCAUCAUCAGAUCAUGAACAAGAUUCAAGGAAUCCUGAAAAGAUUGUUACUUUGCAGUUAUUACCAGAGAAAACCGAAGCAAAUGGAUCGACUAACAAUCAAAUCGGUGCAGUUUUGGAGGAAAAUAAUCAAGAUCUACCUUCGUUGUUUAACUUGAACUUCAACAACCUCUGGAUUGAUCAUAUUGGACAUGUCGAGGAACCUGAUAGGACAGUGAUGGUAAGUCAAAAGAGGAGGGUAACGGUGGUGGAGUCGUGGGUGACGGUGGAGUGCGUGACAGAUACCUGCAUGGAAGGGAGAGAGCUAGGGAGUACGGACGUGGAAAGGAUGAAGAAUAUGGAUGCUGAAACGUGUCCAUGCUUUAUAUCAGACGGUUUGAAUAGGGUUCAGUGGGUUAACGAGGCGUACAAGAGGUUGUUGACGGUAAGGGAAGGGAAUGAAGGGCUGCUGUCACCACCGCAGAUGAUGGUUUGGCUUGUGAUUAAACAAGAGUUGCCUAGGUUUUGCACUGCAUUUUCAUGCAAUGUAAGGUUGCAGUUCACGUGGCAGAAGGAGAAGUGUUCGAGAAUGUUGCCGUGUGAUGUCUGGAAAAUGGAUGGUGGUGGUGGUGGUGGUGGUGGUUUUGCAUGGCGGCUGGACGUCGAGGCAGCUCUCAGUCUCGGCCGCUAAGGAAAAUGGAGAAAAUAAAGAGAAAAAAUGAA